CGCGCCGCACAGCCCGCAGCCGCGCGAGCCCUGGGCCCGGCUCCUGGCGCGAACCCAGGAGAGCCAAGCUUGGGGGUGUUGCUGCUGCUCGUCCCGUCCCCACGCGGGAUUUCAGGCAAGCCGGAGAGGGGGGCGGGCAGGGGGGCGAGUCCCAGGUGCGCAUUCGUUUCCUCCGCGAAUGCUUUUCUGAGUCCCGCAUUUGUGCCAGGGGAGAAGGGCCGUGGCCGCGUGUCGGCGCCCACGCUGCAGACCCCAACCCCGAGCCUCAGUUUCCCCAUCGGGGAGGCGCCCGCCCCGCCCCGCCCGGCCCCCGGGGAGGCCGGGGGCGUCGGCGGGGGCCGCGGGGACCUGCCCCGGGCCUUCCCGGCUUCCGCCUCCCGGGCCACGUCCCCGGCGCCCCACCGGAAGCUCCCGCUGGGCCGCGGGGAGGCGACGGCGACGGCGGCGGCGGCGGCGCCGAGAUGAGGUUAAGAAGACCCACUGUGAGGAAGUGACUGUUACCUGAGACACUCUGGCCAGCGCACAGCUAAAGCACCUGGAGCUUGCAUUUUUGAACCAGCCUCAGAACCCUGGGGAUUUCCACUGGGGCGGUGAGCACCCUCACUGAGAAUUCUAGGCUGCGUCAGGGUGCCAGGGAACACCGGCUGUGACCGCACCACUGAAGUCCCCAGGAGGAGGAGGAGGAGGAGGAAGCCAGCAGGAAGCAGCCCAAGAAUGACUGGACACUCCUAAAGCCUUCAGUCACCAUCCAGGGGAUUUUUUGCACCACAAAGGGUAAUUCCUGCCCCAUCCCUGCUGUGACUCAGCCGUGACGUUGAACCACACAAGCCAGCAAAAAGAUAAAGUUGUCAGACUCCUGCUCACCAGAGAGAACUCACCUCUUCUCUCAGCACAGACUUUACAGGCCUGGUCCCCGCCCCAGAGGAGCGUAGACGGGCCCCCCAGGCCAGCCUGGGACCCCGGGAUGGCCUCUGGCUCAGCCAGCAGCCCCCGCCCAGCCCCUGAUGAGAACGAGUUUCCCUUUGGGUGGCCCCCCACCGCCUGCCCGGACCCACCAGAGCCCAGGGCCCUCUGCUGUGCUGCCUGUCUCUCUGAGAACGUGAGGAAUGGCGAGGAUCGGAUGUGUCCAAAAUGCAGAGGGGACGACCCCCAGUCUGUAAGCCCAGGAAGCCUUCUGUCUCAGGAGAAGGAUCACCCCGAGGUGGCUGAGGCUGAAGUUGGGUGCCCCUUUGCUGGUGUUGGCUGCUCCUACAAGGGGAGCCCAAAGCUCAUGCAGGAGCAUGAGGUCACCUCCCAGACCACCCACCUAAACCUGCUGUUGGCGUUCGUGAAACAGUGGAAGGCCCAGCUGGGCUCUGGCCUGGGCUCUGGGCCCCUGGCCCUGGAGCAGAAUCUGUCAGACCUGCAGCUACAGGCGGCCGUGGAGGUGGCUGGGGACCUGGAAGUUGACUGCUACCGGGCACCCUGCUCUGAGAGCCAGGAUGAGCUGGCCCUGCAGCACUUAAUGAAAGAGAAGCUCCUGGCUGAGCUAGAGGAGAAGUUGCGUGUGUUUGAGAACAUCGUCGCUGUCCUCAACAAGGAGGUGGAGGCUUCCCACCUGGCUUUAGCAGCCUCCAUCCACCAGAGCCAGCUCGACCGUGAGCACAUCCUGAGCUUGGAGCAAAGGGUGGUGGAGUUGCAGCAGACCCUGGCCCAGAAAGACCAGGCCCUGGGCAAGCUGGAGCAGAGCCUCCGCCUCAUGGAGGAGGCCUCCUUCGACGGCACCUUCCUAUGGAAGAUCACCAAUGUCACCAGGCGCUGCCACGAGUCAGCCUGUGGCCGGACCGUCAGCCUCUUCUCUCCAGCUUUCUACACUGCCAAGUACGGCUACAAGCUGUGUCUGCGGCUCUACCUGAACGGGGACGGGACGGGGAAGAGGACCCACCUGUCUCUCUUCAUUGUGGUCAUGAGAGGGGAGUAUGAUGCUCUGUUGCCCUGGCCUUUUCGGAACAAGGUCACCUUCAUGCUUCUCGACCAGAACAACCGCGAGCACGCCAUCGACGCCUUCCGGCCCGACCUGAGCUCGGCAUCCUUCCAGCGGCCGCAGAGUGAGACCAACGUGGCCAGUGGCUGCCCACUCUUCUUCCCCCUCAGCAGGCUGCAGUCACCCAGGCAUGCCUACGUGAAGGAUGACACCAUGUUCCUCAAGUGCAUCGUGGAGACAAGCGCUUAGGGCGGGUAGGGGCUGUGCGAACCACACCUGACUCCCGAGCGAGCACCACUGGGGGUUUAGUAAGAUGACUGAGGUCCUGCCCUUGGCGCCCAAGAUCCCAGGGCACGAUGUUGGGCCGGGCUGGCAGGAUCUCAGCGGGCCUGCUAGACUGACCGUGGCUGGCCAUCAGCUUAGGUGGCAGGGCCUUGGGCUGGGACCACAGGGGCAAAGGGUCCAGGAGACGGCAGCCGGGUCGUUCGUUGCCCUCUGCACCGAGCACACAACCCUGCAGGCCUGGGAGCCACUCCAGCCCUGAAGGUUGAGGCGACUGUGACCAAGGGAGGCAGGGACUACGGACCAGGCCUUUGGCAUGGAUGGUGAGCAUAGGGAGGAGCGCCCGAGCAAAGAAAUUCUCAGACAGGAAGAUCUCUGCCCAGGGCGGGAAGGCAUCAAGUUGGGGCUUGGAUUUAAAGACGUUCAAGUUCCUUCCAGCCCAGAAAGUCUCCAGUUUUGGGCCUCUGGCCCAGAAGAGACCUAGGACUUGAAGGGGUUCUGGAAACGUUCAGGAACCUCAUGCCCACCAGGGUUCUGACUCUCCUUCAGUACCACCAGGUGGGCUGGGCUGGCCCGCACAGCACCUGCCAUGCCGGGUCUGGCAUCUCCAUUCCCCACUGCGCAGGGGCCUGCGUAGUCUUGAGCCCCGUGCCCGCCAGCAGGACUCCCCUGCACCUCCUCCAGGUGAAAGCUCCCAGGAUCAGCUGGAAGAAAUGUGGAGAAGGAGGGGGGCACAGACUCUCUGCUCUCCUUCCCUUGGAGGCCCCACCACCUUCGCACUUUCCUGCAUCUCGUGUCACCUAAUUAAGCAAGGUAUUCACUUCUCUCAGUUGACUGAUCAGGGCCUCUGAGCCACUGAGCAGAGGCUGUCCUUUUCAAUAUGUAUAAAACCAAAGAAAGAAAUUUUUGUACAUUUCUGUUGAGGUUUCCAUGAAGUGCAUAUCCAACCUGGGCCCAAACCAGGUACCCCACA